GAUAGUUUUCCCGUAAGUCAGGGAUCCAACGAAUUCUCUACCUGCAAAAUCUAACUCCACUCUCUCUCUCUUCUUUCUCUCUCUAACUCUUGUCUCUUUUCUGCUGCAAACUCUUUUUCUCUUAAACUUCCCAAUUUGUCUUCAGCUCCAAAAUAUAUCUAACAUUUUUUAUUCCUUUUUUUUUUUUUUUUGUCUCUAUUUUUGCCGGUAAUCAAAAAGUUAUUUCUGGUGAUUUCUUCCCAUCUCUCUCUUCAUUCAUCACCUGCAAAUCUCUGUCUCCCCAUCUGUAAUUGGGUCAUCCUUCCUUCUUGCAUUUAUAAAUUGUUCAUCUGCAAAACCAAUCUCUCUCUAUCUCAAAAUUCAGCUUCAGCGAACUACAACAAGCCUCUCUCUCGAUCAUCCUCUCUCUUUCUCAUGGCCUUGGCCAGACGACGGUUUCUCACGCUCCCUGCGGUUGCUCCCUGCCCGGAUAUCGACCCUGCGGCCCUCCUCUCAUCUCUGAUUCGUCUCUCCCGCACCAUAUGCACCACCUAUCUCCCCACCCACCGUCGUGAUGCUCGCGAGCUCAUCAGACAGACCACCACCCUUCUUCUCCUAUUUGACGAAUUGUCGGACCACCACUUCUCGUCCACCGCCCUCCUUGCCCUCUCCGAGCUGCAUUUCACCCUCCAAAAGCUCAACUUCCUCCUCCAUGACUGUUGCCGCCCUGGGGCCCGCCUCUGGCUCGCCCUCAACUCCAGACGACUCUCCCAUGAGUGUCGAUCUCUCUCUCGUGACAUCUCUGUUGCCCUCGAUGUGCUUCCCCUCUAUGACUUCGAAAUCUCGCCGGACGUUAGAGAGCACGUCGCCCUGCUGUUGGAGCAGGCUCGGAGGGUCCAAUUUAUGCCCGAGCCUUUGGAGGAAUGGGCUGCCAGAGAUGUUAUUGCAGUUUUGUCGGGGUUCGAGAGGGGCAUCUCUCCUGACACCGGCGAUCUUAGACGGAUUCUUAGUCGUCUGAGGAUCACGAGCUCCACAGAAUGUGCAGAUGAGAUUUGUUUCCUUAAAGAGGAAGUCAGUGGUGGAGAGGGAAGCAGGGAUACAGACCUCGUUAGUGGGCUCAUAGCAUUUCUUCAGUAUUCGCAGAGUCUGGUAUUCGAUUUUUCCGGCAAUUCCACAAGCUCUUCUGAAAAGAUCUCCUCCAGCAAUAAAUCAAGAUUUUGUAGUAACUCAAUUAGUCCUUUUGGUGAGAGAUGGACAUUUUCUGGCGACUCCACAAGCUUUUCAGGCGAGUUUUUAAAGAUUUCUGGCAUGAACCUGACAGACUUCCGGUGCCCGAUCUCGCUCGAGAUCAUGACAGACCCGGUUACCAUCUCGACAGGGCACACUUACGACAGGAUUUCGAUAUUGCAGUGGCUCUCUGCCGGAAACACAACAUGCCCUAAAACCGGCGUGACACUGACCCACUCACACAUUUUUCCCAACAACGCUGUUCAUAAUCUGACACACAAGGUCCUCCGCCUCAUUGGCAAAGAAUUCCCAGCGACCUCUACCAGUCAGAAACAAAUUCUUCCACCGAUUCCAGCUGGUAAAGCAGCUAAGAAAGGGAAGCAGAUUCUUUCUGAGUUUUUAGUCACUAAACUCGUUGCUGGAAUCUCACCAGAAAAUGACAUCGCUUUGCAAAUAAUCCGCCAGUUGGUGAAAUCUGACCCUGAUUUUCGGCAAACUUUGCCAAAAUCCAGCGUCAUUCCAGCUAUCAUCGCCAACAUCAAUUGCCCCUCGACACAAGAGAAUGCCAUGGCUUCGUUAUUGAGCCUAGCCAAGUUGCCAGAAAACCGGACAGAUAUCGCAAAUUCCGGUGGGAUUUGCGGGAUUUCAAAUGUAUUAGUUGCUGGAAUCCGGCAAGAAACACGUGAAUUUGCGGCUGCCACCCUUUUCUAUUUGGCUGGAAAUCGAGAACUCCGACCAAUUAUUGGCGAAAUUCCUUCUACUAUUCCAGCACUGGUUCAGCUGAUAUGGGAAGGAACAACUAGGGGCAAGAAAAAUGCAGUAGCGGCUCUUUUGGGGUUGAUCCUGUAUCCAGGUAACCAUAAAAAGGCAAUUUCAGCUGGAAUAAUUCCCGCUCUACUUCACCUCCUUGCCCUAGAUAAAAAAAAAGAGCUUUUGGCCGACGUGCUAGCUGUAGUCGUGACUUUGGCAGAGAAACCAGAGGGGUCUGCUGCUUUGAUACAGGCGGGAGCCAUGACCAUUUUAGCCAGAAUUUUGAGCAAUGAAGCUCCGAGAUCUAUAAAGGAGUAUUGUGUUGCCAGUUUACUCUCUCUGUGUGUUAAUGGAGGGCCUGAAGUAGUUGCUGAGCUUAGAAGGGAGCCAUCGAUAAUGGCUUCUCUGUAUUCUCUUCAAACAAGUGGGAGCGCUCGUCCUAGUAAAAAGGCGAGUGCUCUUCUGAAAUUUCUCCAUGAUUUCUAUCCCUCGAGCCCUAAUUUUUUUAACCAGGAAGCUCGACCAGGGAUGCAGGUUGUUCAUGCUCUGUAAAAACCCCAACUCUAAUUCUUUGAUUCUUUCUUUUGUGUGAUUUGGAGGGUGUUCGCCUGUAAAUACAUUUGGGGAGCCCUAGUCUCAUUUGUAUGAUAUUAUAUUUUGAUUUUGAUGUCAAAGCUAGAAGAUAAAUGUUGCGGCGUUAUAAAGUUUUGUAUGCAGUUUUAAAAGGUUCUCUAUGAUAAUAUUGUUUUGAUAUGAAAAUGAGAAGAGAUAGAUUUCGCAAUUU